UAAUAAGGUCUCCCGUGGCGCUGGCCUGUGCUUUCUCGGGGCCUGGAGGGGCGGUGGCUUUUGCCCCGGGAAACGUGUCCUGCAGGGUGGGGCUGCUGGACACUCGGGCUCACUGCUGGGGGAGUUUGGAGGGCGGUGGGCAGAGGCUCACUGCUCUCUGACUGCCUGACUUCGGGAGGUCACUGUGCUUCUCUGAGCGCCCGCUUUCUGGCUCGGUUCAGUCCCGCCCACAUUUAUUGAACCCCUCUUGGCAGCCAGGUGUGGCGCUAGGCAUUUCGGGGGGAGCAGCAAGCAGACUCAGCCGCUGUCCUUUGGGAGCCGAGAGAGAGAGAGGCCCAUCCUGUGGGGACCCGGCUGGUCCAUCCUGAAGUGCACGCGAAGCCCCGCACCCGGCUCCUGGUUCUACUAGAAGCUCAGCAAUCCAGAGAGCGGCUGGACAGUGCUGGUCUGAGCUGCGCCCCGUCUGAUGGCUUCCUCCCGUCCUCCGCAGGCUGCCGUAGGAGAUCCGCUGCUUCCCAGAGGCCCAGGCCCCUCCCCCGAGGCGGAAGACGACCCUGGCGAGGCCUUUGAAUUUGACGACAGCGACGAUGACGAGGACACCAAUGCCGGCCUGGGCGUCCCAGGCGCCGCGCAGGAGCCGGAGGCAGACACACCCCUGAUCCACUUGGACUCCACCCCCGUCGCCGACCUAGAGCCCGAAGCAGAGCCCGCACGGCCGCAGACACACAGCAGGCCGGCUUUGCAAUGCCUUCUAAAGGUGAGGACGCCAGGAGGGGAAAGGGCUCGUCCGUGCCGACCCAGCUGUGGCCUCCCCAGCCCUUCUGACUCCCGGCCUUGGGGGAGGCCGGCCGCCGUGAGCAAUGGGGACGCUGUGGACGCAGCUUUCUCCGAGGCCCAGCGCUCCAGCUGGAGGCGGAAGAGUUCCCGUCGCAUCGAGCGGUUUACUUUCCCCGCCCUGGAAGAAGAUGUGAUUUACGACGACGUCCCCUGCGAAAACCUGGACGCCCAGCAGCCCGAGGCGGAGAGGAGCCAGCCCUACGAGGAUGUGCGCCAGGACAGGGCGCCCCGGGAGCCGGAGGACCUAGGCUGGAGCUCCAGCGAGUUCGAGAGCUACAGCGAGGACUCGGGCGAGGAGGCCAAGCCAGAGGCAGAGCCUGCCAAGCAUCGAGUGUCCUUCCAGCCCAAGCUUUCUCCAGACCUGACUAGGCUAAAGGAGAGAUGCGUCAGGACUAAGAGAGACAUCCUGGCUCUAAGAGUUGGGGGGAGAGACAUGCAGGAGCUGAAGCACAAGUGCGAUUGUAAGAUGACGCAGCUCAUGAAGGCGGCCAGGAGCGGGACGAAGGACGGGCUGGAGAAGACGCGGCUCGCCGUCAUGCGCAAAGUGUCCUUUCUGCACAGGAGGGAUGUCCUGGGUGACUCGGAGGAGGAGGACAUGGGGCUUCUGGAGGUCAGUGUUUCGGACAUCAAACCCCCAGCCCCGGAGCUGGGCCCCAUGCCGGAUGGCCUGACCCCGCAGCAGGUGGUCCGGAGGCACAUCCUCGGCUCCAUUGUUCAGAGCGAGGGCAGCUACGUGGACUCUCUGAAGCGGGUCCUCCAGGAUUACCGCAACCCCCUGAUGGAGAUGGAGCCCAAGGCGCUGAGCGUGCGCAAGUGCCGGGCGGUGUUCUUCCGCGUGAAGGAGAUCCUGCACUGCCACUCCAUGUUCCAGAUCGCCCUGUCCUCGCGCGUGGCCGAGUGGGACGCCACCGAGAAGAUCGGCGACCUCUUCGUGGCUUCGUUCUCCAAGUCCAUGGUGCUAGACGUCUACAGUGACUACGUGAACAACUUCACCAGCGCCAUGUCCAUCAUCAAGAAGGCGUGUCUCACCAAGCCCGCUUUCCUCGAGUUCCUCAAGAGACGCCAGGUUUGCAGCCCUGACCGCGUCACGCUCUACGGACUGAUGGUGAAGCCCAUCCAGAGGUUCCCGCAGUUCAUCCUCCUGUUGCAGGACAUGCUGAAGAACACGCCCAGGGGCCACCCGGACAGACUGUCGCUUCAGCUGGCCCUCACGGAGCUGGAGACGCUGGCCGAGAAGCUCAACGAGCAGAAGCGGCUGGCCGACCAGGUGGCCGAGAUCCAGCAGCUGACCAAGAGCAUCAGCGACCGCAGCAGCCUCAACAAGCUUCUGACCUCGGGCCAGCGGCAGCUGCUCUUGUGUGAGACGCUGACGGAGACUGUGUACGGUGACCGCGGGCAGCUGAUAAAGUCCAAGGAGCGCCGGGUCUUCCUACUCAACGACAUGCUGGUCUGUGCCAACAUCAACUUCAAGCCUGCCAACCACAGGGGCCAACUGGAGAUCAGCAGCCUGGUGCCCCUGGGGCCCAAGUACGUGGUGAAGUGGAACACGGCGCUGCCGCAGGUGCAGGUGGUGGAGGUGGGCCAGGAGGGCGGCCCCUGCGACAAGGACAACGUGCUCAUCCAGCACGCCGGCGCCAAGAAGGCCUCGGCCGCCGGCCAGGCCCAGAAUAAGGUGUACCUCGGGCCACCGCGCCUCUUCCAGGAGCUUCAGGACCUGCAGAAGGACCUGGCCGUGGUGGAGCAGAUCACCCUCCUCGUCAGCACGCUGCACGGCACCUACCAGAACCUCAACAUGACAGUGGCCCAGGACUGGUGCCUGGCCCUGCAGCGGCUCAUGCGGGUGAAGGAGGAAGAGAUCCAUUCAGCCAACAAGUGCCGCCUGCGGCUCCUGCUUCCUGGGAAGCCCGACAAGUCCGGCCGCCCCAUCAGCUUCAUGGUGGUCUUCAUCACCCCCAACCCUCUGAGCAAGAUCUCCUGGGUCAACAGGUUGCACUUGGCCAAGAUCGGACUUCGGGAGGAGAACCAGCCUGGCUGGCUGUGUCCGGAUGAAGACAAGCAGAGCCGAGCCCCGUUCUGGUGUCCGAUCCUGGCCUGCUGCGUCCCUGCCUUCUCCUCCAGGGGCCUCAGCCUGCAGCUCGGGGCCCUGGUCCACAGUCCCGUCAGCUGUCCUCUGCUGGGCUUCUCGGCCAUCAGCACCUCCCUUCCACAGGGCUACCUCUGGGUCGGAGGUGGGCAGGAGGGUGCGGGCGGCCAUGUGGAGAUCUUCUCCCUGAACCGGCCGUCACCCCGCACGGUCAAAUCCUUCCCGCUGGCGGCCCCUGUGCUCUGCAUGGAGUACAUUCCAGAGCCAGAGGAGGGCGACGGCAGAGACGGGGAUGAGGGCUGCCCCGCUGCUGACGCCUCGGCCGGGGCGCACCCCAUCAUCUGCCUCGGGCUCCAGGACGGCAGCGUCCUGCUUUAUAGCAGCGUGGACACGGGCACGCAGUGCCUGGCGGCCUGCCGGAGCCCCGGCCUGCAGCCUGUGCUCUGCCUGCGACACAGCCCCUUCCACCUGCUGGCCGGCCUGGAGGAUGGCACCCUCGCCGCCUACCCUCGGACCAGCGGAAGUGUCCCCUGGGACCUGGAGAGCCCGCCUGUGUGCCUGCCUGUGGGGCCGGGGCCCGUCCGCGUCCUGCUGAGCCUGGAGGAGGCUGUGUGGGCCAGCUGUGGGCCCCGGGUCACCGUCCUGGACGCCACCAGCUUGCAGACUCAGCAAAGCUUCGAGGCGCACCAGGACGAAGCUGUGAGCGUGACCCACAUGGUGAAGGCGGGCAGCGGCGUCUGGAUGGCCUUCUCCUCCGGCUCCUCCAUCCGCCUCUUCCACACCGAGACGCUCGAGCACCUGCAGGAGAUCAACAUCGCCACCAGGACCACCUUCCUGCUGCCAGGCCAGAAGCAGCUGUGUGUCACCAGCCUCCUGAUCUGCCAGGGUCUGCUCUGGGUGGGCACCGACCAGGGGGUCGUCGUGCUGUUGCCGGUUCCUCGGCUGGAAGGCAUCCCUAAGAUCACAGGGAAAGGCAUGGUCUCGCUCAACGGGCACUGUGGGCCCGUGGCCUUCCUGGCUGUGGCCACCAGCAUCUUGGCCCCUGAUAUCCUGCGGAGCGACCAGGAGGAGGCCGAGGGGCAGCAGGCCGAGGAGGACAAGGUGGAUGGGCCAGCUCCCGAGCCGGCGCCCGCGAGCCACGUGGGCGGGGAGCUGAUCCGCAAGAAGGGCAUCCUUCUGCAGUACCGCCUGCGCUCCACUUCCCACCUCCCGGGCCCGCUGCUGUCCGUACGGGAGCCGGAGCCGGCGAACGGCUCGGCCCCGGAGCACAGCGAGGAGGACGGCUCCAUCUAUGAGAUGGUGGACGACCCUGACGUCUGGGUGCGCAACCGGCCCUGUGCCCGCGACGCCCACCGCAAGGAGAUCUGCUCCGUGGCCAUCAUCUCCGGGGGGCGCGGCUACCGCAACUUCGGCAGCGCAGCGGGCAGCCCCGGGAAGCUGGCCCCGUGCGGGGAGACGGACAGCACCCUCCUCAUCUGGCAGGCGCCCUUGAUGCUGUAGCCCCGCCCAGGCCACACCGUAGCCCCGCCCAGGCCACUCUGUAGCCCCGCCCAGGCCACGUGGCGGCAGGCCUGGCUGCAGCCCGCCUGACUCUCGGCCUGCAGUGGGCCCUUCCGGCUGUUCAGGGUGCCCCAGGGAGCGAUGGGUGGCCUCGCCCUCAAGGGGCCUGCACGGGGCUGCGAGGACGGGCCUGGAGCUCCACCAUCCACCUGAGUGGAGCAGAGGGAAACCUUCCUUUUUAAGGAAAAAAAAAACAGUUUCAGUGUUUAUUGGAGUGGUUUGGGUUUGGGGAGAGGGAGGACACCUCCUGAGGAGAUGGCCUUCUUUUUAAAAGCAAAAAAAAAAAAAAAAAAAAACACGAAACCUCACAACUGCCUGGCAAGCCCAGCACCUCUUGUCGGGGCCGAGCAGGGCUCAAGGGCGGCCACACGACCCUCCUAGGAGGGUGCGUGCGUGUGAGUGUGUGAGAGCGUGUGGGCUGGUGUGUGAAUAUAUAUAAAUACGUAUAUAUGGUGUAUAUUAUAUGUGUAUAAAUGAAGUUUGUACAUAUUGGAGCUCUGGGAGAUGCUGGAAUAAAAGGCAAGAUAACGUCA